CACACAUCCGCUGUGAGGACGUGUUUGGCAUCUUGGGAGAAGAUUUUACUUUUCCUGUAAAAAUAGACCAAGAAAUAACGGAAAUUCUUUGGACAAAAGACAAGGAUAAAGUGGCUGAAUGGGAAGGGCAAAACAACGUGACAUAUUACACUUCUCUCCAGAACAGGGGCUUGCUUAACAAGGAGAAUGGGUGCUUGACGAUAUUUAACCUGGCAGACAAUGAUAGUGGCACAUACGUGUUAGACUACUUUGAUUCUGAGAAAAACAAUUCUAUCUUAAACUUCGUACUUGCUGUGUUAGAUCCCCCUUCAGACCCUGAAAUAAGUUGCAAUGUCAGUGAUGAUGACAUUGUGUUAAAAUGUACAGCAGAUUUCCAGAAGCCUCUGAAUUACACGUGGAAGUUGAGCAGCAUACAAGUCACACAUCAGACCCAGCAAGUUUUAAUCCCUAAGAAGAAUGUUGAUGUUUCCAUGAAAGCUACGUGUUUCAUUAAAUUCUCUCAAAUGAAAAAGAGCUCUGACAUCUCUUUGGCUAAGUGCUUUCCAGAUGAAGAAAGCUAUCACAAAAGAAACAGAUAUGGUCUGAUUGUGCCUUUCAUUCUCUUAAUUCCACUUAUGGGAAUACUUGUGUUCCUGCAGAGAAGAGACAACUUCAAGGAGGAGAACAGCAGCUUGCUGGCCAAGCAUGCAGAUGACCAUGGUGUAAACGGAGGAGAAGUGACCCAGGAUGCAGAAGGUGGAAAUGGGGAGCACUUGAGCAACUCUCCAAGCUGCAGUAAAGAAG